AUGCACAGAGAAAAGUUAACAAAGUGUCUUGAAGAUUUAAAGAGGCAAGAAAAGCUUGACAGCCUCAGGGCUAGGCUUUCUUUCGACACACCCUCCAACCAAGAAGGAACAAGCCUCCAAGACAAGAAUAACAACGGUGAUCCACUGGAAACCUUCAUGACUGCCCUCAGACAAAUGUCCUCAGAAGAAAGGGAGGACCUUAUCACAGGAAAGAAAUUGAAGGAGAAAGGGAAGGAAAAGGAUAACCAAAGUGAUGGUGACCUGGAUCAACCCUAUCUACCACGGGACUUGGCUGAGGUCUCAAAGUUCACACGAAGGAUUGCAGAAGCACUGAUGCCCCCUAAAACGAAGUUACCCCCAAACUUUGACCGUUAUGACGGGACAAGAGACCCUGAGGAUCAUCUUCAUGCUUUCAGGGGAGCGGGGCAACUUGGACGAUGGUCCAUGCCUGUAUGGUGCCACAUGUUUGUGCAAACUCUGACGGAAGGAGCCCGGCUUUGGUUUGACAGCCUCCCUCCUGGGGGAAUCGAUAGUUAUGAAGAGUUAAGCGAGAAGUUCCUCAGGAACUUUGGUCAGCAGAGGAAAGUGGUCAAAAAUCCAAAUGAGAUCCUCCACAUAAGGCAGAGGGACAGUGAGCGAAUAGAUCAGUAUAUGAAGAGGUUCGUCAAGGAGAGCAUGAACAUCAAAGAUGUCCCGGAGGUCAUGAAGAUCAGCAGUUUCAUAAAUGGGUUGAAGCAUGCACAGCUGUGUGAGAAACUGGGGGAGGAGUUCCCCCACUCAUUUGACAACCUCAUGGACAGGGUCAGAGCCUUCGUCAGGGGGAAAGAUACAGUCAGCAAAGCCAAGGAAACGGACAUCACACCUCGGAGGAUCACUCUGGCCACAAAGCCUCCUGACAAAGGUACAUCUUACUCCAGGAAAGCCACUUUUGAUAGAAUGAUGCAUGACAGGAUAAGGCCGUCAUACUCCCCAUAUAGACCCCGGGGAAGAGGUCCCCCUCCUUACUCCGAUAGUUUCACCCCUCUCACCAAGACCCCAAGUGAGAUAUUGGCCACUGAAAGGGCAAAGAACUCCUUCCCGAGACCCCCACCCAUAAAACCCGGGCCAAAGGCACAACCAAACGAAUACUGCGAUUUCCACAAGGGUUUCGGCCACAAAACCGAUGACUGCAUGUAUCUGAAGAGAGAAAUAGAAGCCGCAGUAGAAACGGGGAGGCUGGCCCAUUUGGUUAAAGAAAUCAAAGAAGGAGGGGGGAAGCAAGGGAAGAGAUGUAAGGGAGCCUGGGAGGGCAGAUGUUGA